AUGGACAACUUCCCGUCCUUGUCGCCUGAAGGCGGCGGCGACGGCGGUUCUCGCCAAUCUGCUGGCGCUGAUGAUAGUGGUGGACAGAGACGUAUCAGUCGGAACCCUUUCAAAAAGGGACACGAUGAUCCCUCGGCUACUCUCCCCGAUCUUCCGGACCUUCUGAAACACAGCGACAGCGACGAUGAGGACUCGCCUAACGAUCCGGCCUCGCAACGCGGUCGAGCCAUGUCCGUCAACAUGAAUCAGAGUAUAUUCGGUCUUAUAGCAGCAGCAGGCUCACGGGUAGACUUCAACACCCGCUUUGACGACGGAAGCAGCGACGAGGAAGACAGUGAGCAAUCAAAGAGUUCUAAUGGCAGCCAAGAUCUUUCUCAGACCAUCAUACUUUCGCCGCGAGAUAAGGACGCCAGACGGGGUCACAAGAAGAAGCUUUCCUCCGGCCACAGACUAUUAAAAUCACUUUCCACACUACCGAAACGGAAAAGCAAAAAAAGAGAAGCGAGUCGACUGUCCGCGCCGCUGAUGGGUUCGUCGGACGAAGCACGAGAAUCCGCCGACCUCGCCACAUCUGCAAUGGCGCAGGACAAUGAAGAUGACAGGCUUCCACCAGUUAUGAGCCGAAUGCUUCAGGCUAGAGCCGAGAUAGCUAGCAGGCCCAGUUUCGAUAUGGAGAGGCGAUCUAGCGAUCUUGCUGCGAGCGGUGACAGUGACGAAUCUUCUGCAUUGGCCAAGCGAUUAAUGGAGAUCUUCGAGUUUGACGAGCCAGAACAAGUCAUAGAGGAGUAUCCAUGUUGGUUAUUACAAAGCGUGCUCCUCCAGGGCUUUCUCUAUAUCACGUCCAAGCAUAUUUGCUUUUAUGCCUAUCUUCCCAAGAAAGCUAAUGUUGUGGCCAAGUCGGGUUAUUUGUCAAAGAGUGGCAAGCGCAAUCCCAAGUAUCAUCGAUAUUGGUUCCGCUUAAAAGGAGAUGUCCUAUCAUACUAUCGUGAUUCGACCAAUCUCUACUUCCCCCAUGGUCAAAUUGACUUGAGAUUUGGCAUUUCUGCCAACAUUGUGGAUAAAGACAAGGACAACCUGCAGUUUAACGUCAUCACUAGUCAUCGAACUUACAAUUUCAAGGCCGACAGUGCCCCGAGUGCCAAAGAAUGGGUCAAGAGCCUCCAACGGGUAAUUUUUCGGAGCCACAAUGAAGGCGACAGCGUCAAAAUCUCAUUGCCUAUUGACAAUGUUAUUGAUAUUGAAGAGACUCAGAUGAUGGACUUUUCCGACACGUGCAAAAUCCGAGUCGUUGAUAACGAUGAAACCUAUGCUAUUGAUGAGUACUUCUUUUCAUUCUUCAACCUUGGAAAGGAAGCCAUCAACGUUCUUAAAAUCCUAGUUGAAGAUGCCUCCUCCACCAAACGAACCCCAGGGAAGCUCAUUGCUGAGCAAGAGUUGCAAAGUCACGAGCAACCCGAGAAGAACUCAAAUAGCCAGCCCUCUCUACAGAACUCAACUCAUCCGGCGGAAUUGAACCCCCAUCAGGCUAUGCAUGUCGAUAAGAUCCGAACGACCAAGUUACCCGAAGCCGUCAAAGCUACGCUCUCUCCCAUGUCCCCUCACUCGGCAAAUCCUAGUCCGCGAGCCAGUGUAGAGUUCUCUUCCCGAACUAGUUUAGACGCGAUUCGAUACAAAGGACGACGGAGUCAUGAAGUGUCCAGUAUGAUGAGUGAGCAGAGCACCAGAAGGAGCUUCAGCGGUCAUCGAAAGACGCAAAGCACUCGUCAGUUUGAUGAAAGGAGGGGCAGGCAUAUAAUGGAUUCAUCCGACUCAAAUUUGCAUUCAUCUACAGAUGAUCCUAGUUACUCCAACUUGGUUGUUUCGGUAGCCACUGAGGACCCCUCGGCAAGUCAGAUUCUGAAAGGUAGCGAAGUGUUCCACAGCCCAACCAUGCGCCGCUCAGAUGGCUCAAGUCAGUCAACAGACGCUAGAGAGGAGGAGUUGUCCAAAAACUCGGAAAUCUUUCCUGAUGCCUCGGUGUCUAUGAAACAUGCGGCGACUACAGGCUCUAUCAACCAGGUCGGAUGUCAUGGUCAAGCCGACCAGGCUCGGUCAACUACUCCCACACUCCAGAGUAUCACUAAGAUGGGAUCAUACCCUCUUCAGCGUGCGGGUGCGUUUGCCGACUACUUGAACAAAACAAGUAAACGAAUGAGCUCCCUUCUUGCUACGGAGUCUAUGGGGUACGUUGAGAAGGUCUCAGGAAUGUGGAAGGGCGGUCGCAAGCACUAUGGAGAACCCGCCGGACUUAGACCAGACGAGGACGAGCUAGAAGAGGAUUCUGAGGGCAAGGUCCAGACCUCCAUGGAGCGCUUUCGGGCUCACUUUGCUCUGCCAGAGUCCGAGAAGCUGCAAGCCACCUAUUUUGGCUGCAUCAUUCGAGUGCUGCCUCUGUAUGGCAAAAUUUACAUCAGUGACAGAUCUUUCUGCUUCCGCAGCCUGCUGCCUGGCACGAGAACCAAGUUGAUUCUCCCUCUCAAAGACAUUGAAACUGCCCAUAAAGAAAAGGGCUUCCGAAUCGGGUACUCGGGUCUUACCGUCGUCAUUCGCGGUCAUGAGGAGCUCUUUUUCGAGUUUAGCCAGGUCGACGUACGUGAUGACUGUACCGUGACCCUAAUCCAAAGUCUGGAAACAAAUCGUUAUCUGAGGGAAGCAGGACUCCUUGACCUCGAGGAACAUGAGGAAGAGGACCAGGCCAUGGCCGAACGGGAUGCUCUCAAAUCAGCUAGACAGGAAGACUUUCCUCAGCACGAGAUUCUGCCUCCUCAGCAAGCAGACUCGCAGCCAAAUGUUCCAACUAUUCUCAUGGACGAAACUGACGGCUCUUUUCUCACCUUUAAGCCACCCCAACCCAUGAGGAUCACCUGUCUGACCAUAGGGUCGAGAGGCGAUGUCCAGCCGUACAUUGCUUUAUGCAAAGGGCUGCUUGCUGAGGGACACAAGCCUCGAAUCGCGACUCACGCCGAGUUCCAAGGUUGGAUCGAAUCUCAUGGAAUCGAGUUUGCCAAGGUUGAGGGUGACCCUGGCGAACUUAUGCGACUGUGUAUCGAAAACGGCACCUUCACCAUCUCAUUCCUUCGCGAAGCUAACUCAGCAUUCAGGGGGUGGCUCGACGAGCUUCUUGAUUCAGCCUAUCAAGCAUGCCUGGGCUCGGAACUUCUCAUCGAGUCCCCUUCUGCCAUGGCGGGCAUUCACAUUGCAGAAAAACUUGGCAUCCCGUACUUCAGGGCUUUCACUAUGCCCUGGACCAGAACCCGUGCGUACCCUCACGCCUUCAUCAUGCCCGAACACAAGAUGGGCGGUGCCUAUAACUACAUGACUUAUGUCAUGUUUGACAAUAUCUUUUGGAAAGCCACCGCACAGCAAAUCAACCGCUGGCGCAACAAGACACUUGGCCUGCCCAAUACGAGCUUGGAAAAGAUGCAGCCCAACAAGGUACCAUUCCUCUACAACUUCAGCCCCAGUGUCGUCGCUCCCCCUCUCGACUUCUCGGACUGGAUCAGAGUCACAGGGUAUUGGUUCUUAGAUGAAGGUGGUGAAUAUGAGCCUCCAAAGGAAUUGUCUGACUUCAUACAAAAGGCUAGGGACGAUGGCAAGAAACUUGUAUACGUCGGCUUUGGCUCCAUUAUCGUAAAUGACCCGGUCAAGAUGACGCAAGAAGUUAUCGACGCAGUGCUCAAAGCCGAUGUUCGCUGCAUUUUGUCCAAGGGGUGGUCUGAUCGUAUCUCACCCAAGGAUGACCCAGCCAAGCCCCGGCCGGAUGAACCAGAAAUGCCUGCCGAAAUCUUCGUCAUCAAGUCCGCGCCACACGACUGGCUGUUCCGUCAAAUUGACGCCGCAGCUCACCACGGCGGGUCUGGAACUACCGGCGCAAGUCUGCGGGCGGGUAUCCCUACCAUCAUUCGGCCAUUCUUCGGCGAUCAGUUCUUCUUUGCAACCCGAGUAGAAGACCUUGGUGUUGGUGUUGGCUUGAGACGAUGGGGUGCCAACAGCUUUGGCAGAGCGCUGUGGCAGGUGACGCGCAACGAGCGGAUGAUUGUAAAAGCUCGUGUCCUUGGCGAGCAAAUCCGCAAGGACAAGGGGGUCGACACUGCUAUUCAAAACAUAUACCGUGAUCUCGAAUAUGCAAAGAGCCUCAUCAAGGGCAAGGUUGGACGUUAUGGACAACCAGACGCCGAAGAAGACGAGGACACUGAAGAGAGCUGGACUUUUAUAGGGUCAGAUGAGCCAGACCCCGAGAUGGUCACCAAGAAGCUGAGUGAAGGGCUCGGCGGGGUAGGCAAAGAAAAGACUUUUGGCAGCCAGGCGAUCAAGGCAUCGUCUUGA